AUGACGAAGCGCACUAAGAAGGUCGGUAUCACGGGUAAAUAUGGUACCAGAUACGGUGCCUCCCUGCGUAAGCAGGUGAAGAAGAUGGAAAUUACCCAGCACGCCCGCUACGUCUGCACCUUCUGCGGAAAGAACACCGUCAAGCGCCAGGCUGUUGGUAUCUGGGAGUGCAAGGGCUGCAAGAAGACCGUUGCCGGUGGUGCCUACACCGUCUCGACACCCGCCGCCGCUGCCACCCGCUCGACCAUCCGUCGUCUCAGAGAAAUCGCGGAGGUUUAA